UUCAGUCUAUUAUCGACAACGCAGCAAUUAAGAUCAAUGAAUUUAUAAAGGAGUGUGAAAAUAAGCAAUUUCCCAAGGAAAAAGCAAGAAUUUUACAAGAAAAUUAGUGAAUUUUAAUAAAAUACAGUACAAAACAGAAAAACAAUUUGUGUUGAAGAAAUCAAUAAAACUUUUAAUUUUUUUUUGUAAAAUUGUGAUAAUUAUAACAAAAAAACGAAUAGUGUAUAAUAACGUAAAAAAAUCAUUAUCAAAGAAGGAGAAAAUUGACUGGAGAAGUUAACAAAAAUGGAAAUUGCCUUAAAUUCAGACACACCAGGAGGUUUCAAACAUGAAAAUGCUAUAGCCUCACAAAAUGGAUUAGCGCUCCUAGCAUCAAUUACGCUUAAAAAUGCACUAAAUAUCAAUAAUAAUAACAACAACAACAAUAAUAAUAAUACUAGUAAAAAUAAUAUCAAUAUCAAUAAAAAUAAUAAUCAUUUAACUUUGAAUCACAAUAAUAAUAAUAAUAAAAACAAUAUCAAUAAUAAACAUCAUAAAACACCACAACAACAGCCACAACAUGGUUUUAUUUCAACAUCAGCAAUUGCAUCGUCAUCAUCAUCAUUAUCAUCAACAACGUCGUUGUCAAAUUCAAAUACUUCAACAACAAUAACAACAAUACAAACACCACAUUUACAACAAAUACAAGAACAUAAAAAUGUAUUUACAUUUACAGCAGCCGGUCUACAAGCUUUAACAGCUACAACUAUAUCAACAAUUAAUACAGAGUUUGGAGCAACUGCUGUCAAUCAAACAUUACAGCAACAAACAACAACAACAGCACUAGCAACUGUUGCAACAGUAUCCUCUCAUAACAAACACAAUAAUACCAAUCAACAUAAUAAUUCUUUAUCAACGAAUCAUCAUCAGACAAACAACAACAACAACACCUCUAGUGCAAAAGAUCCUACUGUAGCUUUAUUAGAAGCCUUAUCUAUAAAAACAAAUAAGAAACAACAAAAUGUUUCAACACAGCAACAGCAAAUAUCAGCUAGUACAGCAACAACAACAGCAGCACAACAACAACAACAUACGUCUGUAGGUAACGGUGGCAAUAACAAUGCAAAUAUAAACACUAAUAAUAACAACAAUAACAAUGGUGGUAAUGGCAACAGCAAUAAAAAUAAUUUUCGAAUUCCGUCCGAUAUACUUGAUGAUCUGGCCAGUCGUUUUAUAAUUAAUGUUCCCGAUAUGGAACUAAGUAAUCUAAUACGUAUAUGCUUUCAAAUUGAGCUAGCUCAUUGGUUCUAUUUGGAUUUCUUUUGCGCAUCGGAAGAGGAGAAAAAAUUACAACCAUGUGGUAUUAAACAAUUUGCUCUACAAUUAUUUGAGCACAUCCCAUUCCUACGCCACCAUUUAUCAUCUAUAGAUAAAAUUUUGGAAGAUUGGAAAAAUUACAAAUUAUCCGUGCCCACCUAUGGAGCCAUUUUAAUAUCUGAGGAUCUCAAUUAUUGCCUUCUAGUGCAAUCAUAUUUUGCCAAAAGUUCAUGGGGUUUUCCCAAAGGAAAAGUCAAUGAAAACGAAGAUCCGGUACAUUGUGCCACAAGAGAGGUUUAUGAAGAAACCGGUUAUGAUAUCACUGAAUUAAUUGUACCAAAUGAUUAUAUUGAGGCUGUUAUCAAUUAUCAAUACACUCGUUUAUAUAUUGUACGUGAUGUUUCGUUAGAAACGAAAUUCUCACCACGCACUCGUAAUGAGAUAAAAUGCUGUGAUUGGUUUCCCAUUGAUUCGUUGCCUGUCAAUAAAAAUGAUGCCAUAUCAAAACCUAAAUUGGGCAUAAAUGCCAAUUCCUUUUUCAUGAUCAUGCCAUUCGUUAAACGUCUCAAAAAGUGGGUCAACGAUAAACGUAAUGGUGUCGAGACACGACGUAAAUACUCAGGUGGUGGUUCACCAACAUCCACAUCACCCUUGACCACCGGUAAUAUGAUGAAUGUUGGUACUGGUGCUGGUCAAUUGAAAUCCAGUUGUAAGAAACAACAACAGCAACAAAAACGUAAUAAUUCAAAUAAUUUUAAUGAUGAUUUAAAUGCCUUAAAUAAUACUGCUAAUAAUGGUGUUAAUGCAACAACAACAACAACAACAACAGCAACAACUGUGACAACAGCAACAGCAGCAGUAGCAUUAUCUGCAUCUUCCUGUGUUAAUAAUACAAAUGCAAAUUGUUCAAAUUCGAAUUCAAAUCGUUCUAAAAGACAACGCCAUAAAUCAAUGGGUGAUUUGGAUGGUAUUAAAUUAAAUAAUUUUAAUAAUACUAAUAAUCAAAGUAAUUCUAAGACGACAAAUAAUAAUAACAACAACAAUAAUAACAAUAAUUGUGGUUCAACAACAUUAUCAUCAUCAACAACUACAACGACCACUGCAAAUAGUGGUGGUAAUAAUAAUACAAAUAAUCAAAAACGUCAUUCAAAAAUUGUUGCUGCUGGCAGCAAUGUUUCCAACAACAAUACAAAUAAUAAUUGCAAUAACAAUAACAACAACAGCAUUAAUUGUGGUAACAAUACAUCGUCAUCAUCAUCAUCAAAACGUCAAUUGUUCCAUAGCCAAAGUCAAACAAAUAAUUUACAGCAAAAUGGAGAAAAGAUUGUAAGUUCAUUUGACUUAAUACGCAAAGAGAAACAGCAAAUGAAAGCUGCUCUAGCUAAGGCUCAAAAACAACAACAAAAUGCCAAUAAUAAUGGACGUCAAAGGGCUAAAUCCCAAAGUGAUAAAAUGUGUAUGCAGCAGCAACAACAACAGCAGCAGCAGCAAAAAACCAAUGGCAACAAUAAUAAUAAACAGCAACAACGUAUACAAAAACAACAAUCAUUAAUUGUUACCAAUACAAAUAUGCAAAAUUAUAAUAUGAAUAAUAACAGCAACAACAACAACCAUCAUAAUAAUAGCAACAACAACAGCAACAAAAACCACAACAAUAAUAAUACAAAAAUGAAUGUAAAUAAUAGUUUUAACUGUAAUAAUAAUAACAAUAAUAAUAUGACAACCGGAGGAUAUAAAACUCCCACACCUCCACCACUAAGUGGCAAUGAUUUAUUAGCUUUGGCAGCAGCUGCAGCCAAUACAACAACAACAACAGCAACUGUAGCAGCAGCAAAUGUAGCAGUGACUACAUUAACACCUCAAACUAAAACUAAACAAAAACUUUGCCAAGCAGGUAAACAGCAACAUCAACAACAAAAGCAACCGCAACAAUUACAACUUAAACCCAGACCCUCAUCAGUAUCAUUGCAUUUUCCCGAGGUCUCUUCCACCUCAACUUCCGCUACCAUUAAAAGAGAAAGCACAGAUUUAAUGGCCAAUGGUCAAAUGCAAUUGCCACAACUACAACGUAUGGCUUCGGGUACAAAUUUACGUAUUUUAAAGAGAUCAACAUCUCAUCAACCAACACAACAGCAUCAGCAGCAGCAGCAACAACAGCAUCCACAGCCACCACAAAGACAAGCCUCAGCUUUACAAUUUACACCCAGUUUUAAUUCAUGGACUAAUUUUACAUUUACCAAAAAUUUUAUAGCAAAUGUUUUUUGUUAAACAGAAGAAGGACAACAUCUACAACAACAAACCGACCCCGUCCCCUCCCCCCUCUAUACAGCAAAAAUGUUGAAUGCGUUUGGUGUUUGUUGUUUGCUCAAACAACAAAAUACUUGUUUUUUUUUCGUUCGGGGUUUGUUGAGAAUAAAUUGUUUUAUUUAUAUUUGUAUAUAAAUAAUGAG